AUGAAUAGUAGCUCAAGUUUGCUAACUCAUCAAAUUCUCGAUUAUCUGAACAAGUACACCUCAUUCAGACCUAUUAACGAUGAUCUCACAACGCUUUCCAAAGAAUUCUUCCAAUAGUACUCGACUCGUAAAUAAAUGCUCCUAACCAAACUUAAUGAAAGCAAGAUUAAGCAGUUAGAUUUAUCAACCAAGAUUGAUCAGUCUAAGUAUAAGGUCCUGACUUAUCGCUCUCAAUUGAUACUAUUGUAAUAGUCACGGGAGUCUAUCAUUUAAUAAAUUGACAAUAAACAAAAUGAAUUAAUUUAGUUGGAGAAAAGAUAAUCAUUGAACAGGCCUCAUUCUAAACAGUAGAAACUACUAGAAUUAGCAGAGGGUAUGGAGAUAUGCGAAAACACCUUGGAAACAGUGAAAACCGAAUUCAAUGACAACCAUAAAAUAAUGGAUUGGGAAUCUUCGCUCAAUUAAUAAUUAAAAUAAACUCAUGAUUAAUUGCAAAGACAAAAUGAUCAAAAUAUUCUCAAGAUCAAUCAACUCAACCAGUCCAUGCAAAACAACACCAAGAAAAUCAUUAAGCUUCUGCAAUUGAUAUCCGAUCUCCGACAGAUGAUAGUUCAAUCAAAAUCAUCCAAUCAAACAAACCCACUCCCUCUCCAAGUCGACGACAGCAGUAAUUCAACAUUCAUUUAUAUAAUAGAAAUAAUUAAAUCUAUUAUCGAAAAAAUCGAAAAUACCAAGCUCCCAGGCAAAGAGCAAUAGGAACACGAGAUUCUCAACUCAAAUAAAUUAACACAAUCAAACUCACUCUACCUCUCAAAUUAGAUUAGAGUGACGAUUUACACCCCGAGAUUUCAGAGCAGUGUGAGGUUCAAGGCCAACGAUAUCUUGCCACAAGCUAGAAUUAGGACAGAGGCUGAUGAUAAGUUGGACUAUGGAUGCGAAAAGCGAAUUGCUACAGAUUGUGGAUUCUACGAGGAGGACGAAUAAAGCAGUGACGACGACAAUCAAGUGUUGAAAGUGCCGUUUUAAUCUAAGAAGAGUCUAAAUUGCGAGAGAACCAAAAAGAAGAAGUAGAGUUAUAUUUCAGUAGCUUCAUUUUCAUCUUAAGCCUCCAGCGAUCAAAAAUACAUUAAUUUAUAGGAUGAAUUAAAUUAUUUAGGUGAAAUUAAUGAAUAUUACUGCACUAGAAAGUUCGUUGAUGAUCAAUUUAUUGUUGCACCUUGUCAGACACCAUUGGAGCAAUCAAUUGAACUCAAUUCCAAGCCACCUAUUCAGGAAGAAUAACCUAAAUCAACAUCAUUCAUUAAAAAGAUUUUGGGAGUUGGUCUGGGAAUUGGAUUGAGCUAUGCUUGCUAUAAGUUCUUUAAAAAAUGA